AUGUUCUGCUUCUGCCUGCAGAGUUCCCUGCUGAAGCUCCAGGCUCUGGAGGUGGAGGGGGGCCCUUCGCUGGGUCCGUCCCCAGAGGAGAGGCCCUCUGCCCUGGGCAGCAAGGAGCAGAAAAGCCCCUGCAGCCCAACGGAGGGAGGAGGGAGGAAAACACUGGCUGUCUGCCACAGCGACCCAGGUUCUAGUGUGGUUCUACUGACCUUAGAGGAGUUUCGAAAUGUUGUUUUGAUGGUUCUAGCAGGUUCUAGUGAUACUUCAGGAGGUUCUAGCAGGUUGGUUCUAGUGGUUCCUAGUGUGGAUGUAGACAUUUUUAGGAGGUUCUUUGACUCUAUUAAUGCUAGAGUACGAGUAGUCACUAAAGACACUGUAGGCAUCUUUCUGGAGGUUCUAGAGGUCCAUAACGAGGUUCUAGCAGAGCUGCUGACCGUCAGCCCCGUCCAGCCCGACGCCCCGCCGCCCCCCAGCCCCCAACACUCCCCCCAGAGGAGCAGCCCCGGGGGGGAGGGGGGAGGAGACGGAGGAGGGGGAGGAGGGGGGGCGCUCCUCCAGCUGCUGGCGGGGGGAGCCAGCCCGCUCCCCUCCCCCCGCUGCUCCAGCCUCACCCACAGCCUGAGGUUCAACUCCGACCCCGACACGGCGCCGUCGCCCCCCUGCAGCCAGCAGUUCAUCCUGUCUCGCGGUCGCGCGCGGACGGACGGCCCCGAGGAGUCUCCGUCCUCCGUGUCUUUCCUCAGCAAACAGAUUCAGAGUCUGAAGAAGAAAGUCCGUCGAUACGAAGAUCAGUUCGAGCAGGAGAUGAAAUACAAGCCGUCACACAACGAUAAAUACUCAAACCCAGAGAUGGUUCGAGUGAUGAAUGAACUCGCUAGAGCUCGGAAACAACUUAAAGAGCUCAGACUCAGACAGUCUCUGUUUGAGUCGAAGGAGUCAGACGGUUCAGAGAACAGCGCCACCUGCAGACUCUCCUCCGGCCAGCAGGGGGCAGCAGAGACCAACCCCACGCUGGAGGAGACGGUGGAGUCUCUGUUCAGACGUCUGAAGGAGAAGAGACACGCGCUCGGUCUCCCUGACAACAUGAAGGAGAUGACUCAGGCUCAGAUGGUGAUGGAGAAGAUCACUCUACAGAAGUGUUUACUCUACUUUGAGUCUGUUCACGGCCGACCGGGAACCAAACAGGAGAAGAAUCUGGUGAAGCCGCUUUACGACCGAUAUCAGCUGAUCAAACGCCUGCUGUGUGUCAGCCCCACUAUCUGCACUAUAGAGGAAGAGGAAGGCUCUGAUGAAGACUCUCCAGCUGACGAGCGUCCCGACCCCCCCGCUGCCCCCCCGGCCCCCCCGGCGCCCCCGGACAGCGACCGGGACAGCGACGCCUUCGUGUCUCCGCUGGACGAGGUGAAGGCCGUCCGCCAGCAGGGGGCGCUCACCACCACCAACCUGCACGAGGCCUCCAGGUCUCAGCUGCUGCAGAGUCUGAGAGAGACGAGAGCGGAGAAGAAGACGAGACGCAAAACUCUGAGAGAGUUCGAGGACGAGUUUUACCGCCAGACGGGAAGGAUCUGUCAGAAGGAGGACCGCUCUCCCAUGAAGGAGGAAUACCAGGAGUACAAACAGCUGAAGGCCAAACUCCGUCUGCUGGAAGUCCUGCUCAGCAAACAGGAAGUCACCACGACCGUGUGA